GGCAUUGGUAGCCUGUGGUGGCUGACAGGUUUUUGGUCAACUGAGUUCAUUAUAUUUAUUUCUCAUCACCUUUAAGACAGUUUUUUACCUUACUUGGAGCAAGAAGCCUUGAUAUCUCUAAACAGGCUGCAUUUCAGUCAACUCGGACAGGAGGUUUUAUUAGGUCUGUCUUUCCUGUCUCUGUGUUUUGGAUUUAGUUCUAAAACUCAAGUUUCCUCCCAUAUUUGGGAGGGGAAGGCAGGCUUGUGGUGUGGUUUACAUCAGUGUGUUUACUUGUGUUGGGGGACAGUCUAAUAAUGUGUGAGCAACACAAUUUAUAUGACAAUCACCCCCAUGCAGUUAUAAUCAGUUGGAGAAAAUACUUUUAUUUUCAGUCUCUGGAGAUACAGCCAGAACUUUUCGUUCACAUGGCAGCAGCAAACUCUUCUCCACCUGGUUCACUGGAUCUAAACCAGCCUGGGUUUGCAAAGGAGAUCCUGGGAACUAAACUGGAGGUCAAAUACCUGUGCUCUGAUUGCAAGAACAUCCUGAGGCGGCCCUUCCAGGCACAGUGUGGCCAUCGCUACUGCUCCUACUGCCUGAAGAAAAUCAUCAGUUCUGGACCUCAAAAGUGUGCCAGCUGUAUCCAGGAAGGAAUAUAUGAGGAAGGAAUUUCUAUUUUGGAAACAAGCUCGGCUUUCCCAGAUAACGCAGCACGACGGGAAGUGGAGAGUCUGCCUGCUGUCUGCAUCAACAGUGGCUGCACCUGGAAGGGAACCAUCAAAGAGUACGAGUUUCGGGACCAUGUGAAGACGUGUGGCAGAUCCAAAGUACCUUGCCGGUUUGAGGCUGUGGGCUGUGCUGAGGUGGUGGAAAAUGAAAAGCUCCUGGAGCAUGAGAGGAAGUGCUUGACAGAGCAUCUCUAUAUGCUGCUGAGCUCUGUGCUCAGCCUCAAGACUGGUGCUGGGGACCCGAAACAUCUUCCUGUCCUUCCCUCGUCACAAAACAGCUCCCCACUGCUGGCAGCAAACUCACUGUGCUCAGAGUCAGAGCUCUCCCGGUCCCUGGAGCUCUUGGGAAGGUGUGAGGCCCUCGAGAGGAAAACAGUGACCUUUGAGAACAUUGUCUGUGUGCUCAACCGCGAGGUGGAGAGAGUAUCUCUGACAGUUGAAGCCUACAGCCGCCAGCACCGUCUGGACCAGGAGAAAAUCGAAACAUUGAGCAACAAGGUGCGGCAGCUGGAGAGGAGCAUUGGGCUCAAAGACCUGGCCAUGGCUGAGAUGGAGGAGAAGAUUCGCAACAUGGAGGCUUCCACUUACGAUGGGGUUUUCAUCUGGAAGAUAACGGAGCUUGCCCGGAAGCGUCAGGAGGCGAUCACAGGCCGCUCUCCUGCCAUCUUCUCUCCAGCUUUCUACACCAGCAAGUACGGCUACAAGAUGUGUCUGCGUGUGUACCUGAACGGGGAUGGCACCGGCCGUGGGACCCACCUGUCCUUGUUUUUUGUGGUGAUGAAGGGACCCAAUGAUGCGCUGCUGCGGUGGCCCUUCAACCAGAAGGUCACCCUGAUGCUUCUGGACCAGAAUAACCGGGAGCACAUCAUCGAUGCCUUCCGGCCGGACGUGACAUCCUCAUCCUUCCAGCGCCCCGUCACGGAGAUGAACAUCGCCAGCGGCUGCCCCCUCUUCUGCCCUGUGUCCGUCAUGGAAGCCAAGAACUCCUACGUGCGUGAUGAUGCCAUCUUUAUUAAAGCCAUCGUUGAUCUCACGGGCCUCUAACCCUUCUGACCUCGGAGCAGUGAGCAUGGAACCAGCACUGCCCAGGGCAUCUCCUGCUUGUGCUGCACUUCAGGCAGGUCUCAGAGCGAGAGGGGGCGGCACAGAGAGGGGAAAAGCCCUUCCUGCAAAGGGACCUUUGCUCUGAGUGGAAAUGAGGUGUCUGAUGGGAGCCCUCUUUCCUGAGGAGAGGGUUGGGUGGACACUGGCAGGCUGUGGGAUAUGGAAGAUUCCCUGCAGGGACUUGGGUGUCUGAACUGCUGCUGUCUGGACUCCAGUGGAAACUGGAGAGAGCGCUUGCUCUGCCAGUUUAGCCAGCAUCUACAGCUCUCUGUAGUAAAAUAGUGGUUUGCCCUGCCUGAGCUCCACCUCCUGUGGAUUUUGGCUCAGCUGUCUAGGAUUUCCUUCUGAGAUCUCUGUGUUCCUGGAAGUUACAUGCUGUGAGGUGCCAUGGCUCUGCACUGCUGGUUGCUCCACACCCCAGGAAACAAGUAGGGUGUGUGACAGCUGCAAUGCCAGCUGGGCAAGAAAGACACACACUGGUUUGCUGCCGUUGGUGUGUUAGGAGGGUGUUGAGCCCAGCUGCAGGCUAGGGGAGCCCUGAGUCCAGCCUUCACUGGGCGUGUAAUGGGUGGUGUCUGCUGGAGUGUGGAAUGGGGCAGGAGGUGCUGCUGCCCAGGAGGGACUGUGUGUGGCAGCAUCAGGGAUGCCUGUAGGGAGGGAGAAGUGAGUCUGCUGUGGAGAUUGUCCCUCCUGUGCCAGGAGAGGAAGGUGACACAGAGCUCAAUAUGCACCUUGAGAGCCCCAUACCCUGCCCCCCUCUGCCCUCUGUGUGCUGAGCAGUGCUGGGUGGAAUGGGUGCUGUGCUGGGAGCUGUCUUUGCUCAUAGGCAGAGGCACAGGCUCUGAACUGGCUUCGCUGCCAUGGUGGGAUAGCUCCACCAGCCUUCCCAGGGCUCUGCUGCUGUCGAGCUCCACGUCCUGGGCACUGCCACCUCAGGCAAUGGGAUGUGUACUCUGCCCGUGCAGUGAGCACUGCUGGCCAGUCCCUGCCCUCCCACAGGGCCUGCAGUCACCAGCAACAGCUCUCCCUCACUGUUCCUCCCCAUCCCUGAGCUCAGGACUCAUGGGCCAGGUGGCUCUUUCUCCACUCAGUGCCAUGUUGAACAUGCAGCCUCCUGGGUUGGAUCUGGCUGGAACUGGAGAAUUGAAAUGUGCUGUCCCCUUUCUGUCCCUGGGCUCCUUCCCUCUGGGCAGCAUAUGUUCAGUAACCAUGAGAAGGUCUCUCCCGGUGUUAGUGGGGAAGAACUGGCUGCCACAUCCCUGCAUAGUGCUCUCUGCAGCUUUGUUGUGGCUAUGGGCGGCUCUGGAUGGGCCCUGAUCCAGCGUGUACUCAAAGUUUUGUUACCUCCUUUGCUUGGGCUUUCCACACCCCUCUCAGGGGCUGAAUGUACCCCAGGAGAUGUUUUGCUGGUGACAGGAACCAGCUGUGAACACCCUGCAAUGGUCAGGGGUCCGGGCUGGCUCCUGUGGUGCUCCUUGAGCAGUAGGGCUUGUCUCUGCAGGGUCUGGCUGUCCCCCCACAUGCUGGCACUGCCCUGAUCUGCCCCUGGGGCUGUUUGGAAUGUGCCUGCUGCUGCCCAGGAACUCAGGGGUGCCCAAUGUCCUGCAGGCUGGCCUGGACCCUGGCCCAAGCUGAACCUCUUGCACCCACAGCUGCUGUGCUGGCCAGGGGCUCUCCAGACAGGUGCUGGGGUGACCUGUGAGCCCCCUUUGGAAUUGCUGCGUGGAGCUUCUCACAUCUGUGUGCAGGGCCUGGGGACAGACCCAGCCCCUGCUAUUGGGGCAGGGGUACAGAAGCUGGUGACAGCACAGCCUAACUGUGGGAGGGGGAUGACAGGACCCUUCCCUUUGGGCAAGCCACCCCCCUUUCCCCUGCCAGCCUGUCCAAAGGGACAGAUCACGCCCUGUGUUGCUGCUCUCACCCUGUGCCUUAUGAGGAAAAUCCAGGCUGGCAGAGUCCUGCUCCCAUCUACAGCAGCUCCCCAGGGACACUUGGGAAACAGAAGGGAAAGGAAGGUUGACUCUGUUCAUAGAAUCGCUGAGAAAUAAGUUUCAUGUGGUCAGAAGCUUGUUCUGUGUUGAUCAGAAUAUCUACUGCAGCAGGGCUGGGGGUUCUGGCCAUGUGGUGCCAGGUGGGACUAUGGAGGUGCUGGCUCAGCUGGGGGAUGGGGGCUGCUUUUGGGAUAGGAGCUGGUCCUCCUGCCCCAGCACAUGUUUGGAAAGUUGUUGGGAGAGUCGGUGCUGCAGCAAAGCUCCAGCUGAGCCCUUCAGGCCACAGAGUUACUGCUGGAGGGGAAACAUGGCCUGCCAGCCCCUCCUGCUGAGAGCUUUAUCCUCCUCACCCUUCUGGUGCUGCUGAUGCUCUCCAGGCCUUUUUUGGCUUUUAGCAGCUCUGGAGCUGGCAGCAGAAUUGUGCUUAUGUGCUGCAGGCAGGGGCCCAGCCCCUUCCUGGCACAGCUCUGCCAGCCUGGCAGCCACGCAGACAAGCACUGGACAUGAGCCACCGCUGGAUUUUUGUGGGGUUUUUUUCCCUUUUAACCACAGCAUCUCAGCCUGGCACUGUGAACUAAGUUUUGUUUUCUUUGAGGGUGCAGUAUGGUCAGAACCACUAAUAAAAGCUGUUUGAACAGCA